AUGCUGGAGGCGACUCGCGGCGGGAGUGGGGAAACCACCGAGGCGAACCUCAUGCCUGAGCGUUUUGCCGGCAUAACUACCAAGAAGGAAUUCCUAUCCCCCAACGGAGGGUAUGAAUUUCUUCCCCUCUCCCGAGUCCUUGAGUCACCAGGCCCAUUGGUGGGAUCAAUAACGACUGAGACCCACACCCGGUAUUCCGUAAUCGUCGACCAAAUGUAG